GCAAGCCGAACUUGGAGUCUCUCUGCAAUUCAACGAUCUCACAAAGGACUCCAUACUUCAACAUUCGCAAGCUGUUCUAGAGAAUCAAAGGUACAAAGAGAACAUGAACAGGCUAUCAGAGAUAUUCCGCGAGCACCAGGUGGACUCUUUGGAGCGCGCCGUGUGGUGGGUGGAGUACGUGAUACGUCACAAGGGGGCCCUGCACAUGCGCAGUGCUGCCCUCGACCUGCACUGGUGGCAGCUGCUACUACUCGACGUCAUCGCUUUCAUCUUGCUGUCAACGUGCGCCGUUAUGUACGCCGCCUUCUACUUCAUACGGCAGAUCACUGUUGCGAUGAAGGAUACUAAGAGAAAAGUGAAGAAACAGUUGUGAUGUACGACGCCUCUAUUUAGCUGUUUAAUCACGUUUCUCA